GGAGAGGGGACAGGAGACUGAAGAGACCUGCUGCUUGUCAGAGCUGGACAGGGUACCAUCUACACUGGCUAUAGGCCUCAUCUGAAUCUACUGAAAGUGUCAACCAUCCACCGAUCAGAGUUACUGUGCGUCUGACUGUAACCAUGGCCACAUCGGGCAUCAAGGUCUCAACUUUGAGGAUCAUUCUUCUGGGACAGACAGGAGCAGGGAAGAGUUCAACAGGAAACACCAUCCUGGGGAAACCUGGGGCCUUCCAGGCUAAAUUUUCUAAAAACUCUGUGAAUAAAGAGUGUGUGAAGCAGAGUGGAGAGGUGGCUGGGAUGAAGAUCGAUGUCAUCGACACUCCAGGAAUCAAUGAUGAGUUAUUAUCAGAACAGGAAGUAGAGGGUGUUAAAUCUGAGUUAGCUAGGUGUGUAGAGUUGUCAGUCCCAGGACCUCAUGCCUUCCUGCUGGUCAUCAGUCGGAAGGCCAGAAUCACUCAGAAGGAGAGAGACAGUGUGAAGUGGAUCCAGGAUAAAUUUGGAGGCGAGGCUGCAGGCUUUACUCUCCUGCUAUUCACUCAUGGUGACAAACUGGAGAAAGAAACAGUAGAAAGCAUUAUUCUAGAAAAUGAGGAUCUCAGAGACCUAGUUAACAGCUGUGGGGACAGAUAUCAUGUACUUGAUAACAAAUCCAGAGGUAACACCACUCAGGUCCUAGUGCUGCUGGAGAAGAUAGAGAGGAUGGUGGAGGAGAAUGAGGGGCAGCACUACACCAACGACAUGUACAAGAAGGCUCAGGAAGCAAUCAAUCGGAAAGGGACGUUGAGAAUAGUAGCAGGAUAUGCCGUAGCAGGAUUGGCUGUUGUAGAAGCUGUUACAAGAGAAGCAAGUGAAAGUGUAGCAUACGCUGAAACAACAGCAGCAGUAUGGGCUGUAAUAGGAGCUAUAGGAGGAGUAGCAGGGGUGGUGGUAGCAGGAGUAGCAGGAGGAGUAGAACCAGGAGCUAAUUUAACAAGAGCUGUAGCAGGAGUAGCAGGGGUGGCUGUAGCAGGAGUAGCAGGGGGGGCUGUAGCAGGGGGGGCUGUAAGACUGGCUGGAGAAGGAUACGAAUUAGUAGCAGUAACAACUGCAACAGCAGUGGCUGUAGGAAGUGUGGCAGUAGCUGUAGCAGUCGCACCAAGACUGCAUUUCAGAGAAGUAGCAGGAGGUGCUGUAGCAGGAGCUGUAGCAGGAAUUGUAGCAGCAAUAUCAGUACUGGGUUUACCAGAAUAUGUAAGAGAAGACGCAGGAAGAGCUGUAGCAGGGGCAAUAGUUCUAGGAGUAGUAUCAGAACUGGUUUUACCAAGAGCUGUAGCAGAAGUAGUACGAACACAUGUAGCAGAAGGAGUAGCAGGAGUUGUAGCAGGAGUAUCUGUACUGGGUUUACCAGAAGCUGUAGCAGAAGUAGCAGGAAGAUCUCUUGCAGAAGUAGCAGAAGGAACUGUAGCAGGGGCAAUUGCUGUAGGAGUAUCAGAACUGGUUUUACCAGGAGUUAUAGCAGAAGUACAAGGGUCUGUUGCAGGAGCUGUAGUAGAAGUAGAAGUAUCUGUUGCAGGAGCUGUAGCAGAAGUAGAAGUAUCUGUUGCAGGAGUUGUAGGAGGAGUAACAGGUGUGGCUGCAGCACUAGGUGUACUAUUGCAAGGAUGGGCACAAAAGGAAGUAGUAGAAAUAGCAAGACUGUCUGGAAAAAACGUAGUAGGAGUGAUUGUAGGGUCAGUAGGAGCAGCUACAGUUAUUCUUUAUGUAAAGAGGAAACUGGCUGAGAGAUCAACAACCUCUAGAGAUGACUAAUGUUAAACUGUUAAUGUUAAACUAAACUAAAAAUGAAAUAAAAAACCCACACUUCUACAUCUUGUUUUGUUCUGAAUUAAGGGUGCUCUGAUCAAUCGGUCACCGAUCAUUAUCGGCUGAUGAUCAUUUUAAAUAUUAGACUGGUACUCACUAUAAAGGCCGUUCUUCUUUCUUUUUUUUCUCACUUUAUUGACCAUAGUCCUUUAUCUCCUACCUAAAGACAAAAAUGUGAAUCAAUAUUUUGACUAUGGCCUUUUAUGUUGCAGAUUUUAUAGUCUCAAGUUCAAAUGUAUAAGUGUUUGAACAAUCCUGUUACACUUCAUCCUGUGAAGUGUUGCACAUCCUGUACGGAUCUUCCUUAUUUUCAGACAUAUUGUACACUUUUUAUAGUAUCUCAUAGUAAACUUCAUAUAAAGAAUGUGUACCGGUACCUUAUUGUACAUUUUGCAUUUUUAUAUUUCAGUUCUUGUAUCUUACAAGCUUCUUUUUAGUAAUGCACCAACCUACCAAAGCAAAUGUUUAGU